UUGGCGGUAGCCAAUGGGAAGGGAGGAGAGAGAGAGCUCCGCCGAGAGUGAUGUUAGAGAAGCGACAAGACACUGCGUAUCGCAUUCGUUUUGGUGUUCCACAUUACAGCCAUUGCAGAGCAUUUGAGAUCCAAGCUGCAGCCUUUGAUACCGAUAUUGAGAUGGGGAAAGAUCCAACGAAGCCGAGGGGCAAGAUGUCCUCCUAUGCCUACUUUGUCCAGACCUGUCGAGAGGAGCACAAGAAGAAACACCCGGAAGCUUCCGUCAACUUCUCCGAGUUCUCCAAGAAGUGCUCUGAGAGAUGGAAGACCAUGUCUGCCAAGGAGAAGGGGAAGUUUGAGGAUCUGGCCAAGCUGGACAAGGUGCGUUAUGAGAGGGAGAUGAGGAGCUACAUUCCUCCAAAGGGAGAGAAGAAGAAGAGGUUUAAGGACCCCAAUGCCCCCAAGAGACCAUCGUCUGCUUUCUUCAUCUUCUGCGCUGAUUUCCGACCCCAGGUGAAGGGGGAGACCCCUGGCCUGUCUAUCGGUGAUGUGGCCAAGAAGCUGGGAGAGAAGUGGAACAACCUAACAGCGGAAGACAAGGUGCCCUAUGAGAAAAAGGCUGCAAAGCUGAAGGAGAAGUACGAGAAGGACAUCACUGCGUAUCGCAACAAGGGCAAGGUGCCCGUCAGCAUGCCCGUGAAGGCCGCUGCCCCAACCAAGGAUGACGACGACGACGACGAUGAUGAGGACGACGACGAUGACGACGACGAUGACGACGACGACGAUGACGAGUAGAUCCACGUUGAUCCACGUGGUUGUUAGAGCUUAUCAUUUCUUGUUUAUAAAGCAUUUAACCCUUCUUGUUCACGCAUCACUUACACAGAACAAAAUAAAAAACUUGAAUAAGUUACCAAAAAAAAAGAACCCCCCCACCCCCCCCCCCCCCCCCUCUUCUCUCCUCUCUCCCUCCAAAAACGUAAACGCUGUGUAUAAGAAGUGUUUUGCAGCUGUACAGGUUGUUGUCCCCUUUUUUUGUAUAGUUUAACACUACAACAGUGUCACCUGUAUCUGUCUGUGUUUCUAUCUCCCAGUCUCUUUGCGUCCAAAAAAUGGAAUCCUAUUCCUUAUUUCGUGUACUACUUUUGACAAAGGUCUAAUAGGGCUCAGGUCAAAAGUAGAUCACUAUAUAGGGAAUAGGGUGCAAUUUGUGGACGCCCCCCCCCCCCCCCAUUUGUUACAGUUUAAAGCGGUUUGUAAAAAAAUAUAAUAAAAAAUUAGUCUUGGAAACCGAUGGGUCUAUUUGCCUUAGCUAGCAGUGCACAGCAGCACAUUACCUGGUUAUAAUGUAGGGUCUUCGUAGUUCUUCUGUUUCCGAUGGGCCCCGUGCGUUUUGUUGUCUUCUUGUUUUUUAAAUGAUGUAUUAUCAACUC